AAUUCCUAGUAAGAAAGCAAACCACAGUGGCCAACAGUGACUUAGACUAGUUCUUAUAAAAGACCUUGUACCUCCACCCAAAUUCUCCUAACUCAUUUUCCUUUUCCUUCUCUCCCACUCACACUCUCUCUUUCCCUUCCCUCCAUUCUUUCAAAAAAGCAUAAAUUUUCAUCUUCAUAGUUGACAACAUGGACAAUCAAUCUAACUCUCUUCUUAAUUGGGCUUACUUCUGCCAAGGAAAGUCAAUGGAGGAUUUGAGACAAUCACUUCUAUACACAACUUUAGAGCUUGAACAAACAAGAGUAACAGCACAAGAAGAACUCACAAAAAAAGAUGAACAACUAAUGAACCUUAAAGAUCUAAUCAACAACAUCAUUAGAGAAAGAGAUGAAGCACAAGAAAAAUGUCAAAGACUUCUCUUGGAAAAGCUAGUUUUCCAUCAACAACAAAAUGAUCCACUUUCCGGAGUUUCAAGCAUUGAAGAUGAACAAGUUACAAGAAAAGGAAUUGACUCAAACAAUGGUUUUUCUUUGUCUUCUUCAGAUUGUGAAGAAAGCAUUGUUUCUUCACCAAUUAUUGAUCAAUCAAUGAUUGAAGUACUAACACCAAAUAGACCACUACCUGAAAAAGGUAAACUUUUGCAGGCAGUGAUGAAAGCUGGUCCUCUUCUUAAAACUCUUCUUCUUGCAGGACCACUUCCUCAAUGGAAACACCCUCCUCCACCUCUUGAGUCUUUUGAGAUUCCACCUGUCUCUAUACCUAGGAUCCUCCAUCAAGAUUCAAUUUUUAGUAGCAAUAUUGAUACUACUAAUGCUAAUUCUCACUGUGGAAGAGUAAAUAUGAAAAGGGUAUUUUUUGAUGACUCUGAUUCUCCUAAUGAGAAUAAGUACCAAAGGGUUGUACCUUACUGAUUUCUACUUGGUCAGAUUUAUCUAAGUAGCUUUUACUUUAGUAAAUAUUUGGAUUGACAAUGAGAUUGAGAAAAUUACGGUGAAUUACUGCGAUUUUGACUAAAGUUAUGGUUUGAAACUUUAACAAAAUCACAGUGUCACGAUGAUAUUGUCAAACUAAUUGUGAUUUCAAGUAUUUUUAAGAUAGUAGGAUUUUAAGGUUAAUGGACUGAUGUGAUUUAGCAUAUGUAUAUAUAGUGUUUUUUUAUUGGUAGAAAUUGAACUCGGUACUUUGGAGUCCGGAGUUUACGACAGUCAGAUAUAUUGACACCAACCACCUGCGCUAGACUCGGGUGGUAGUGGUAUGUUUGUUUUAGGAGACAAAGUUACGUGGAUUUAACUCAUUGAAAGAAGGAGAUGAAGAAGAAAAAAAACAAACUUUGCUUGAUUUAGGAAAUUUUAGAGUGAAGAAUUUGUGUCCUCUUCACAUUCUACUUUUGCUUUUUGAUGCAAAAGAAGAUUUGAUUUUGUCUAAAAUUAUUGUGUAAGAAAGAUACUAUAGUCCAGCAAGCAUGUGAUGAUUUGAGUUUGUGUGUUGUGUUUGUGAGUGAGAUUGAUGUAUAAGAUCACAUCAUGAAGAAUUAAGAGAAAAUUGGGUGUGGAGUGGUUGAAUUAGGAGGUUAGUGUGACCAACAACCAAAAAGUUAAGGUAUGCUUGUUGGUUUGGGGUGGACCCAAAAGUUUAGAAUCAGUAUCAAUUACUGGUGUGAUGUAUGAUUAUGUUAUACUUUUGUUAGAUAAGUUAUGAUUUAUUCAGGUCUUAUCUUUUGUUUUUUUACAUCAACAAAAUAUUGAUCUCUCUUUCCU